AUGAAUAGUUAUUGCUUGCGGCAGAGUGGGGGGAAUGAUCCCUACUGUACAAAAAUUAAUGAAAUAUUUGGUAGUGGGAACAGCCCAGGGGAAUUAAAAUCAAAAUGCUUAUCAUUGUAUAAUGCGAGAAUUGCCUCAUUGACAGGAGAAGGGGAGGAAGACUGUUUGAAGGGUUUACCUUCACGGGACAUGUACAAUAAACUUAAAAGUGAAAAAUGCGACAACUCGGAUAUAACUAUCUUCUUCAGCAGGAAGAAGCCUAAAUUGGAGAGUUAUUUUAGCCUUAUGACCAUUGAGGAUUAUUUGGACCUUAUUGUAAAUGCUUACUGCUACUCAACUAUAGGAAGCAGCGAAAAGACGGUCGACGCGCAGCGUUGCACUGCCCUAUACCACUUUAUUGGAAGUUUGCUACCUAACCAUUCCAAUACUAAUGGCUUCUCACAGCAAAUGAAUAAAAUUUACAGCGAACUGAAUAUGAAUUAUUCGCCUAAAAAUUGUUCCCUUGAUGAUGGUGGCUGUUUUAAUGAUAGUAAAAUUCCCUUCCCUGAAAGAAAAACCAUCUUCGACUAUUGGCAAGACUACAGUCAAUUACAAUCACUAAUAAAGGAUAGUGAGCAGUCCUCAUGUGGUCAAAAAUAUAGGGAAUAUUUGGACGCAGCUGAUUCAGCUUAUCAAUCUAUAAAUGGAACUUGUACCAGCACCAACACCGGCACCCCACCAACUCCUAAUGACAUUUUCUGUACAGAAUUUAAUAGUAAAUUCAAUACUACUGCUCGUAGUGACAGUGGUAGUGGAAGUAUUAAGAAACCAUCAGAACUAAUAUCCGAACUGGAACCUAAGCUGCAGCUUCAGCAGCAGCAACAACAGCAACAACAACCUCAACCUCCACAAUUACCAUUCCCUGCUGGUGGACCACCAGCAAGAAGAGGAGGAGAUGCUUCCAGUGUCGUACCUGGUGCUGUGUCUGGUGGACUUGCUGCAAUAGGACUUCCUGCAGUUCUUUUCUUUUUAUAUAAGUAUACCAAUUUAUUUUCUGGAAUAGGUGGCACUCUUUUCAGUGGGAAGAGCAGAAGGGGAAAGAGAUCUGUUAGGCAAAACUUAAGCACAUCAUUCUCAGACGACUCGAGAACAGAAUACUCCACAGAAGCUUCCACAAUAGGAGACUUGACAGAUGCAUCUAUCAUAUAUGAUAGGCAGCACAAUGAAAGGAUAAAUAAUAGAACACCAGGAAACAGGAAUGUAGCUUAUCAACGUAUGUAA